AUGGCUGACUACUGGAAAAGUAAUCCUAAGAAGUAUUGCGAUAUCUGCAAAUGCUGGAUUCAAGAUAAUUCCAUUAGUAUCAAUAAUCACGAGAGUGGUCAGCGUCAUAUCGGCAAUGUGCAAAAGAAGUUGAAUGAGCUUCAACGAAACGCAACUGCGUCCUCUAAAGGGAAAAUGCGUGAGAAGAUAUCGCUCAUCAAUGACAUGGCUUUUGUUGGGAUGAUGAAGGAUAUUGAGCGUGAUCCCUCUCUCGCAAAACGUUAUGGUGUUGACCUCUCAGAUGAUCAGUUUGGUACUAUGAAGGAAAAGUUGAAGAAAAUACAAGAAGCAAAACAGUCGAAGGUGCAUAAGAGCGAAAAAAAGAAGUCUGCUCCACCUAUCGCUUCCGUUCCAGUGGUUUCCAAACCCAUUACUUAUGAAUGGAAGGAAGUAAAAACAACCGAUGGCCGAAUGUACUAUUGGAACAAGAAGACUGGAGUCACGCAAUGGGAGCGCCCUAAGACCUCGAUUCAACCAGCAAAUGAUUCCGAGUGUGUCUCGCAGGAGAAGAAAAGGCUGGAUCAGUUUUUAUUUAACCGACUUGUUGAGCUAAGCGAGUCCGGUGUCUCCGAAGCCAGUACUGCCGUUUGCCAGGCAUUUGGCGCUUCACCUGAUGAAAGUCAAUCACCACUUCCACCGCCAGAUGUUACAAGGAUUGUAACCACUGAAUGUUCCAUACCCCAAGAUAAACCCGUCACUAUGGUUCCUAGCAAUAAGAAGCGACCGCGAAUAAACCUACUGGGUGAAUGGCAACCAGUAAUCCCUGAAGAACCAGCAGAAAAUGCGUCCAUGUAUUCUGUCCCCGAGGAAUUGGAGCCUGUGAAACCAGAGAGCGAUAUCAAGCUUCGAAUCACCUCUUUCGCGAGUAAAACUUUUAAGGGUGAUGAAGCGAAGCUGCAGGAGAUUACGGAGAAGGCAGAACUCCUGUCUCACCUUUCGCAGGUCAAUGAGGCGGACAUAUCCUCACACUACCGUCUCAAAUUCGAGGAAAAACAAGCACCCGUUUCGUCGACUGCCAAAAGGGCUGUUCAUAAAAUUGAAUUCCGACCCAAAUCUGACCCUGAGAUUAAACCUGAACCAUGUGUCACUCCAAUGCCACCCAUUCCCUUUAAGCGAAAAGCCAAUGUUUCCCGAAAUUUAAGAAGGCGAAACAACGACGACUGA